CAGUGCCCGUUGGCAGAGGGUAUCCCUCCGCAGCCGCCGUAGCCCAGCCGGAAGCGCCGCCUGCCACGUCCACUGUGCAGCAGGGGCGGGGCUGGGACCCAGAAGCUCGGCAUGGCUGACGACGCGGGUUUGCCGGCCCUUCUGUGCUCCGAGCAGUUCGGCUCCGGGGAGGCACGGGGCUGCCGUGCAGCCGCGGACGGGAGCCUGCAGUGGGAGGUCCGGGGCUGGCGCUGGUGGGGGCUCUCCAGGGCCUUCACGGUCAAACCCGAAGGACGAGAUGCGGGUGAAGUGGGGGCUCCCGGUGCCGCCUCACCACCCCUCUCCGGGCUCCAAGCCGUGUUCCUGCCGCAGGGCUUCCCUGAUAGCGUCAGCCCGGACUAUCUGCCCUACCAGCUGUGGGAUUCCGUCCAGGCCUUUGCUUCCAGCCUCUCCGGCUCCCUGGCCACCCAUGCAGUCUUGCUGGGCAUAGGGGUGGGGAACGCAAAAGCCACCGUCUCAGCUGCCACGGCCACCUGGCUCGUGAAAGAUUCAACUGGCAUGCUAGGCCGCAUCAUCUUUGCCUGGUGGAAAGGGAGCAAACUGGACUGCAAUGCCAAGCAGUGGAGGCUCUUUGCAGACAUCCUCAAUGACGUGGCCAUGUUCCUUGAGAUUAUGGCUCCCGUAUACCCAAUCUGUUUCACCAUGACUGUCUCCACCAGCAACCUGGCCAAGUGCAUUGUGAGUGUCGCUGGCGGGGCCACUCGAGCUGCCCUGACUGUGCACCAGGCCCGGAGGAACAACAUGGCUGACGUGUCAGCAAAGGACAGCAGCCAGGAGACGCUGGUGAACCUGGCGGGGCUCCUGGUCAGCCUCCUGAUGCUCCCUCUCGUGUCAGGUUUCCCUGGCUUCAGCUUCGGAUGUUUCUUCUUCCUCACUGCCCUCCACAUCUACGCGAACUAUCGUGCAGUCCGAGCCCUGGUCAUGGAGACCUUGAACGAAGGCCGGCUCCGGCUGGUCCUAAAGCACUACCUUCAGAGGGGAGAGGUGCUCGACCCCACCACAGCCAACCGCAUGGAGCCAUUGUGGACAGGUUUUUGGCCAACUCCGUCUCUAUCCCUGGGGGUCCCCCUACACCGCUUGGUCUCCAGUGUCUUUGAGCUGCAGCAGCUGGUUGAGGGGCACCAAGAACCCUACCUCCUCUGCUGGGACCAGUCACGAAACCAGGUACAGGUAGUUCUGAACCAGAAGGCAGACCCCAAGACCGUCCUAAGGGCCGCCACACAUGGGCUGAUGCUUGGGGCCCUGCAGGGAGAUGGACCCCUUCCAGCAGAACUGGAGGAGCUGAGGAACCAUGUGCAGGCGGGUCCUAAGAAAGAGACCUGGGUCAUCGUCAAGGAGACGCACCAAGUGUUGGACAUGCUGUUCCCAAAGUUCUUGAAAGGACUGCAGGAUGCCGGCUGGAAGACCGAGAAGCACCAGCUAGAGGUGGACGAGUGGAGGGCCACGUGGCUUCUGUCUCCCGAAAAGAAGGUCCUGUGAGUGGCCCAAAUGGAGGCCCAAGCCCAGGACAGGAGCCUGGAGCAAGGACACUUUGGCCACAGCAGAAGGGAGGGAAAGGCAGCUUUAUUUUUCCUUAGGGCAACUGCAGUGGCUGGUGGGCCAGGCCCGCAUGGGAAGUGACUGCCAAUCAGAUGCAGUGGGCCCCAGGCAGAGGAAGGCUGGGAGAAGGGGAGCCAGGACCUUCUUACCCCACUGCCCCUUUAGCUUUUCUGGGGAGCAGAGCAGGCUUCUCACCUCCACUUCCUGUGAGGCUGUGGCUUAUGGUGUCUAACACAGUUGGCUUUAGGCAUAGAAACCCCAGAGGAAUACAGCCACUGCCAUCAUGAGCAGGGCAUUGAGGUUGACCACACGGGCCCAGUUCGGGUCCUCGCUGAUGUCCUCCAGCUGCCUGGCUGCUGCCACUACCUCCUCCUGGGUAGGGGGCGGAGGACUGCCCGCUCUGCCCCUGCUCAUUCCACAAAACCAGAGCAGGCACUGGCGGAAGGGGCUAGGUGCCAGGGCCUGGGGCUCUGGGGAAAAUUAAGGCCCUGCAAUUAGUUCGAGGGAACUCAGCUCCCCCAGCCCCACCUCCCAGCAUGGUGCCCUACCGUCCAUCUCCAUGGCACUCUCUGGGCACCCAUUCUGUACAGGGAGUGAGGAGCUUUCCUGCUCAUCAGCAUCAAGGUCCUCCCGUUCCUCCUUGCUGUGCCGGAGACUGAAGACCAGGCGGUGGAGCUAGGGAGGGUGGGAGCCCAGAUGAGGUGGGAGUUCUGUCCCUCUACACCUGCACACCAGGUUGUCACUGCCUGCCCUACCCACCUCUGUCCAGUCUGCACACCCAGCCCAGGUUCAGCUCUUGCCAACUCCACCCUACGUGGCUGCCCUGUGCCCUCGGUACAAACCCUGAGCCCCUGAGCUUGUGUUUAAAGUUGUUGGCUCUGCUCCCCCAGCUUCAUCAGCUCAGGUCUCCUGUCUACACCCAGAUGGUAUCACUUGCGACCCUGGCCUGGCAUUCCUGCUCACAGUGUUCUGUGUCUGUGUGCUCCCACCCUUUCCUCCUGCUACUGGGAAUCCCAGCCAUCCUUCCAAGCCAGGAUCUCUUGACCUGCCCCCACCCCACCCUGCCACCAUCAGCCCUGCCUAGAGCCACUGCCUUGUGGCAGCAAAACCAAACCUUUUUGUGGGCUUUCAAGAUGGCAUUGUGCCCCACCAGUCAGAUCCUGUGUUUUGAGUCCCAAAGGCCAUGCCAAGGAUUGGCUUUGGGAGGCUGUAAUCACCAACCCAUCACAUCUUCAAGUCGCCUCCCCCAGGCCAGUUCGAAUAAAUGAAUUUAAAUAAAAA